CGGUUAACGAGUGUGUGCCUGCGGAUGAUACAGAAAAAGCUUCAGUCACAACCGUUAAAACAGAUACGGUGCCAAAAGUGGCCUCAAAACCUACAGAAACACAUAACACCCCGAUUGUGGAAGAAAUUAUUCAGGACAAAUCUGAGACGGUUAACGAGUGUGUGCCUGCGGAUGAUACAGAAAAAGCUUCAGUCACAACCGUUAAAACAGAUACGGUGCCAAAAGUGGCCGCAAAACCUACAGAAAAAUCAAGGAAAUUGGCAGCUGAAGCAGAAAAGAAAAAGACAGACACGGGAAAAAUGAACAAGGAGGAAACCGAUGGCUUAUCCAAUGAUGGUAUUUUGGAUGGACAGUCGGUUGAUGGAAAGAAAACUGGUCUUGGUGAAGAGGAACAAACGCCAAAAAGUAAGACAGAUAGUUCUCUACAAAGAAAUAAAGACAAGGCGGAUAAAAAGAAAGACACGGACAAUCUUAACCUUUGUAAAGAAGGAUAUGACCUUGACAGAAAAGAAAAGCAGGAAACAUUGGACAAGCUCAGUAAAUCCCUGGGAAUUGACGACCUUGGGGAAGUGUCUUGGUCAUUGGAUGAAUUACUUGAUGACAAUGCGAAAGAGUCAAUAGAUGGGGUCAAAGGUCAUCCUAAAGAUCAAAACAGUUACCACGGUGAUACUGCAGAAAUUUCUGAUGAAGAAAUCGAUGGGGAACCAAUGAUACCGGCUAUAGAGCUACACAUGUCAAAUUCUGAUGAGAUGUAUGCAAAGAAGUAUACAGUGAUCGCUGGUUACCAUGACACCACCAAUGACGUCCAUCUUGAAUCAGGGGAGGUAAUAGAACUGCUCAACAAGAUGGUCCCCACACAUUGGUUGGUUAGGAAACUGGACGACAAGCAACAGGUGUGUUACGUACCUGCGGCCCUGCUACAGUCCCGGAGAGAUGUGGAUGCCAGCCCCACCUCAACACCAGAGGGCCUCGCUAAGGCAGCUAGCAAGUCCAAGCAAGCUGUUCAGGACCUGGUUGACACGGAGGAAGACUAUGUUUGUGACCUCCGUGACCUUAUUGACAACUACCAUGAUCCUUUACAAGAUGGCGGUGAAGGAAAGUUUCCAGACAAACUACUUGAGAAAAAGGAAGAGAUCUUUGGAAAUCUCAUGGAACUUUACAACUUCCACAAUAAUGACCUGCUGCCAGAGCUAAUGGCUUGUGCAGACAAUCCAGAGCAAGUGGCAGAAAUCUUUCUUGAGCGGAGGGAGAGUCUGAAGCAGUAUCUUCCUUUCUGGGCCGGGCGGGAGAAGGCAGACGAAGACAUCAACUCGGAGGAAAUUCAAGCAUUCCUACAGUCUUACAGUAAACAGAUUGGAGACCCUGACAACGCAUUCCAGGAUCUUCUGAACAGACCGGUUGAACGAAUACAUGAGUACAUUAAUCUACUUAAGAAUCUGAUGAAAUACACAUCCCAGGCAGGUGGGGACUGUUCCCAGCUUAUGUCUGUGGUACAGAUGCUGGAUGAACUUUGUCAGGAAGUGGACAAUAUCAUGUUGCUGGACACUGUCCAAGGAUACGAUGGGAAUAUCCAUGACCUUGGGCCAGUUAUCAGACAUGAAUCGGCAAUGAUGUGGGAUGGUGACCCUGACAGCUCUGAACCAGUGGAGCGUGAAGUGUUCCUGUUCAAGGAUGCUGUCUUGCUGGCAAGUGCAGUGGAGCGUGACGAGGACGGAGAACCCAAAAAACUACAAUUUGACCGCAUCGUCAAGUUGAAAAACACAGACCUCGACCAUGAUGGAUUCGCCGACUCCAGACGAUUGGAAUUCUGGGAUUUAGAGGACAGAGUCAAAGACGAAAGUGUAAAGGACUUGGAACCAUUGUUUACGCUUGACACUAAGUCCCCGUAUUCCAAGCAGGCUUGGGUGAGAGACAUAAAGGAAGCACAGGCUAACUUAGGUGUGGAGAACACAGCAAAAUCCAAGAUGCCAGAACGCAGAAAAAUAAAGACUUCCAAACACAAGGUGGUGAGCUCCACACCAAGGAAGGGCAGUAAGGUUGUACGGGCCGAGGACGUGGAAUCUGACGGCCACUUCGAUGAUUUCAACAUUUUGGACACAAGUAGAGAGACAUCGUACGUCCAGCCGGAGUUUGACGAUGGAACUUCUCGACCAGUGUUUCAGAACAAACUUGAGAAAACAGUUGUGGAAGAGGGAGCCUCUGCCCAAAUGGAAUGUGUUGUUGCUGGAAUACCGCCACCCAAAGUCCUGUGGCUCAAGAAUAACAGGCCACUCAUGGCCACCGACAGAUGUCGGGUCAUCGUCGAUGGCGACAGGAACAUCCUCGAGUUUCCGCGAGCACGCUCAGACGACACAGCCGUUUACACGGCCAGAGCGAUGAAUGUGAAUGGUUCGACCAUCAGCACUGCUGAGCUGUAUGUCGGGGAAGCCCGACCCUCUGACCUGUUGAAGUACCGUGAGGGCAUCCCUGACAAUGAGUUCCGCACACCCGCCUACUUCUUCCAGAUGAAGAGCUGCCAAGUGGAAGAGGGCCGGUUAGCCCGAUUCGACUGCCGCGUGGUGGCCUAUCCUAAACCUGAUAUUAUCUGGAUGAAGGAUGGAAAGGUGCUGACCUCUGGUGAGCGUUUCAAGCUGCUGAACUUUAACGACGAGAUCUACUCAUUGCUGAUCCAGUCGGUGGAGACGGAUGACGAGGGUCGUUACACAUGCUGGGCCCACAACAAGUACGGGGAAGCCAUGACAGAGGCUUACCUUAAUGUGCUUGCACUCCAUGACAACAUGGAUGACGAUGACAUGGCCCCAAAGUUUUUGACCAAAUUUUACGACCAGACUGUUACGGAGGGUGUACCAUGUGACCUUCAGUGUAUGAUUGCCGGGAAACCCCAACCGAGCGUCCAAUGGAUGCUGGACAAUAUUGAACUGCUUCCCACCCCGGAUAUUGACAUUGUGAACCAAACUAACUUCUGUAGUCUGAAAAUCAAGGAAGUCCGUAAACAACAUGCUGGAAAGUAUGCCUGCCUCCUGAAGAACGGACUCGGAGAGGCGAGUUGUUCUGCCGGAAUCACCGUCAUUGACAAGAAAAUCAAGGGCGUACCAAUGCUGCCUAAAUUCCUGAAGAAACUGUGCGAUGUAACCGCAAAGACGAACGAGGACUUCGAGCUGGAGGUUGUUGUGGUCGGGGAGCCGAAACCAAAGAUCACAUGGCUAUACAACCACAAGCCUAUUUCGGGAAGUCACAGGAGAAUGCGUAAGAGUCAUGAGGGGGAUAUGUAUCGCCUCACCAUCAGUGAUGUUCGACUAGAGGAUGAUGGGAAAUUCACGUGUAAAGCCGCAAACUCGGAGGGCGAGGUAUACUGUAGCUGUAACCUGCUGGUGAAGGAGUCGCGUAUACAGUUAGAGCCGGCUGAGGAACCGAGCUUUACCCAGAAGGACUUUGACGCAAGGUAUGGCUGUGCGCCUACUUUCCUGAAGAAGAUGGAGGAUGUGACCAUGCCGAGUGGGCAAUCAGCCAAGUUUGAAUGUCGUAUCAUGGGAAUCCCAGAACCAAAUGUCAAAUGGUUUAAGAACGGUGUCCCAAUAUCCCAGGGUAAGAAGUACUGGAUGUCGCAGGACUCCGCGGGUAACUGUGGCCUACAGGUGUACGACGUGGGCGCUGGUGACGAGGGUAUUUAUACCUGUACACUGACCAAUCCUGCUGGCGAGGUCUCCACCAACGCAAGUCUCCGCAUUGGCAAGCCAAAAGAAUCCAUGGAGCGAGAUUUCCCAUCCAAGACCACCAAGGGCAGACGCCUCUCCCGGGAAGACAUGCUUGACUCUUCCCGUGCACCAACCAUGUCCCGAGACGAACCAACCAUAAAGAGCACACGACCAGAUACAGUGCGUCUGUCGUGGGCCCCGGCUCCAACAUCAGGUCUACCACAGGAUGCACGUAACAUACGAUAUUUUGUUGAGUCAAAGGCCCUACCAGACGCGGAUUGGAAGAUGAUCGGAGAUGGUAUCCAUAGCAACACGUAUAUGGCAAAGAACUUGAACCCCGAUAAGGAGUACGCUUUCCGUGUUCGUGCGGGGAACCAGUUCGGUGAGAGUGACCCCACACAACCUGCUAGGCUGGAGCGCAUCAAAUUCGAUGAGAAGAUAGAAAAGAAGAAAGUUCUUCUACCAGAAAGCAAGAGACCACCAUCACUGCCAUCGACCAGACCUGUCAUAACAGAUUACGGACAGGAAGCUGUUCGGUUGGCAUGGAAACCAGCCCCGCCUCCUGUGACUAUCAAGAAGCCCCUUCCUGUUUCGUAUCGUGUGGAAGCGCAGGAGUUGCCGAGCACUGAUUGGCUUCCUAUGGCUAGUGGGCUGUCCACACCUAGUUAUUAUCUGCCACAACUACAAGAUCGCCAUGACUACAACAUCCGUGUUCGUGCCGAAAACAAAUAUGGAGUCAGUGAGCCGUCCGAACCUCUUUGGCUGCCCACAGCCCGUAGCUUCCCUGGUGUACCAGUCAGGCGACCAGAAAUUGUUGAGAUCGAGCCAGAAUGUGUGAAGCUGUCAUGGGAUCGUGUUGAUGUCCCACCUACAGCCCUCGACGAGGAACCUCUGACAUACAUGAUUGAAAUGCAGGAACCACCGAGCCGUGACUGGCGUGAGAUUGUCCAGGGUGUCCGUGAGCCAAACUACAUGGUUCGUGACCUUCGACCUGGCAAUGACUACAGGUUCAGGGUUCGCUCCAGGUCACUUACAGGACCUCUCAGUGAACCAUCGCCUGCAACUUCUCUGUACAGAACUUUGGCUACAACUCGAGUGCCAAUCGACAGAAUCCAGCUUGACGAUCAUGAAAUUGACACCGAAGGAAUUAACUUGUCCUGGAAUCGGGUCAAUAUCCCUCCCUAUCACCGUGACGAUGAGCCACUCCUGUACAUGGUGGAGAUGAUGGAACAACCAGUCGAUGACUGGCGCCCAGUCGUGUCUGGUAUUCCGACUCAGCGCUACCGAGUCACGGACCUUGCUCCAGAUAGGGAUUACAAGUUCCGUGUUAGGGCUUUGAGUUCCUACGGCAUCAGUCCUCCAACAUAUGCCCUUCCGGUUUCGUACCGACGUCCUCUUCCGAGCCCAAGUCGACCUUUACCGGACUACACUCCCAGACUGUCGUAUGACGACACCGACAGCCUCGCAUUGACAUGGCAACCACCAACCUUGGACUCAACUCGACCACUCAGAUACAGAGUUCAGAUGCAAGCUCCGCCCAGUAUGGACUGGCGUACAAUGGCGUCGGACAUUCCUGACACUCGUUACAGAAUCCGUGGCCUGGGUCCAAGCCGAGACUACCUGUUCCGUGUGGUCCCCGAGACAUCCUUAGGUCAACUUGAGCCUCUGCCUUCUGUGCCUCUCACUUCUCUGCCAACGCCAAGAACGUUCCAUCCAAGCAGACCAGAAAUACUUGACGUUGAGCCGACCUCUCUUGGAUUGUCAUGGAAACGACCUAUCGUUGACAUGUACACACCCUUGACCUAUAACAUCGAGAUGCAGGAACCGCCAAGUCAGUUGUGGAGAAACAUUCACUCCGGCCUGACCGACACUCACUACAGAGUGGGUGGACUCCAGCCGAGCCGAGACUACAUGUUCCGCGUAGUUCCCGUCACCACCUCCGGACAGCUCGAACCACUGCCUCCAGUGUCAAUUUCAUCCAUGCCAGUGAUCCCAAGAAUGCAAAACCAGGAACCAAGUAUGACGGAAAUGGGACGCGACUCCAUUAAGUUGUCAUGGCGACCAGCAGAAGUACCGUUCUACAGGAGACAGCCACUACCUAUCCAUUACGUUGUUGAGAUGCGUACACUGCCGAGUUCAGAAUGGAUCCCCACUGCCCGUAGGGUAAAGGAAACAUCCUACAUCGUCAAGGGACUUAACCCAAAGAACGACUAUGAGUUCCGUAUUAAGGCUGAAACUGACUACGGCUGUAGCUCUCCAACUUACCCUGUUACUGUACGCAGGAAGGCAGUGCCUGUGUUCCCAAGGAGGGAACCAAUCAUAAGCACCGUGUCACCUGACUCUAUCACAUUGUCAUGGCAACCAGCAACAAUACCAGGCCACAGUACCAGGAUUCCGGUGUAUCAGAUCGAGGUCCAAGAUCCGCCUAGUAUUGGACAGUGGCGACCUCUCACCCACAACGUGUCACAGACAUCGUACAACGUUGGGGGACUGAGGCCCGACAGGGAUUAUCUGUUCCGUAUCCGUGCCAAGGUAGACGGUAUUCUAGGGGAGCCUACUCUUCCAGUUUACCUGAUGAGAAGAUGUGGACCACCACGGAUGCCAAAUGAUCACCCGUAUGUCCAUGACAUUCAGCCAACGUCUGUGCGCCUGCAAUGGAGGUCGGUAGAGUUAUCUCCCCGUCACACUGACUACUCCCCAGUGACUUAUCGCCUAGAGGUACAGGAAGGAACACGCAGUGACUGGGUCACACUCGCAGGACGUAUCCCACAUACAGAUUUCCAUGUGACCAAUCUCUUACCUGACCAGGAAUACAGCUUCCGUGUCCGUGCAGAGAACAAGUAUGGACUCAGCGAACCUACGAAUCAUGUUCACAUCAAACGCAGAGCAGUUGCACCAUCCUUGUCACAAGACGAACCACUUCUGUACGAUGUUGGUGCCGGUUCUAUUACGUUGUCGUGGAGAGCAGCUGAAGUACCAUCCUUUAGCACAUCUCCUGUGACCUACACUAUAUUCGUCCAGGAGUCACCCUCGGGCCCGUGGCUCCCCCACGUGAAAAGGAUUCCCCACUCGUGGUACAUCCUCAAUGGCAUACGGUCAGACAGAGAUUAUACCUUCCGUGUCCAGGCAGAAAAUGAGUUUGGAGUGAGUCGUCCGACCUUACCAGUACGCCUUUUCCACACAGGGUACAAGGCACCAAUAGAACUUCCGGAGAUUGAAGAAUUCGACGAGAAGACUUCGAGCAUUAAUCUCCGUUGGCGACCACGCUCUAUGACGCCAUUUGUGGGUGAGCCCCUGCGAUACCAUGUGGAAUCUUGGGAACCAAGGAAGCGUACAUGGAGACGAUUGGCUUCGGACCUUCCUGACACCAGUUAUCGUGUGACUGGCGUGUCCUCUAACCAGGAGAACAUCUUCCGUAUACGGGCACAGUCCAAAGCUACUCUGAGUGAACCUACUUAUCCAAUUUCUCUGAGCAGAUAUCUCUUCCCAAUGUCAAGGCCACAACUACAUGACCUUGAACCAGAAGCUGUCAGGUUGUCUUGGAGCCCAUACCACCAUCAUCGCCCAAGGAUGCCGUCUCUGCCACCUUUGCCUCACUUGCCAUCUGUACCUCGUCGAUACGAAGUGGAACUACGAGAGCUGGGUAGCAAUGAUUGGAGAAACAUUGGCACGGUGCCCGAUACCUCCUAUCACUACCGAGGUCUGAGACCACGCCAGGACUAUCAGUUCCGUGUCCGAGGAAUUUUGGACCAGGGACCCUCGGAACCUUACUCCAGCCCUAUCACACUGUACAGGAGAACAGCAUUACCCAGGGUGCCUCUGUCACGACCAGAGAUCAUGGCUGUCCAGGAUGAAACUGUUGACCUUUCCUGGUCAAGAGUGGAGGUUCCGGCCACUCAGUAUGACGAGACUCCAUUGACAUACAUAAUUGAAUCCCAACAACUUCCUGGAUAUGACUGGACACCAGUGGCACGUGGCAUCCCGGAUACCAGCUACAGAGUCUCUGGACUUCAACGGAACCAAGAUUAUGCCUUCCGCGUUAGAGGAGAGCUCCCAUCUGGACUUUCGGAACCAUCGCCAUAUGUUCCUGUUUACCGUAGACCAAUGUUAGCUGAUCUUACCUUCCACAGUCAGGUUCGUUCUGGAGUCCCUAUCGCAAGACCAGAACUUUCCUCGCUGACCCCGAGCUCAGCCCGUCUUCACUGGAACCGUGUGUACCUACCUCCCUAUGACCUGCCUGAUCGUCCAAUCAGUUACCAGGUAGAGGUACAGGACCUGCCCCACAGACGGUGGCGCCCCCUGGCCCGGGGAAUCAGGAUGGAGGAAUACGAGGUCAAUGACAUGGCUCCUGAUAAGGACUACAUGUUCCGGAUCAGGGCUGAAACUCCUGACGGUGACCUCAGUGAGCCAACACCACCUAUUCCGUACUACAGAACUCGUGGUGAACCGAAGGAGUAUGAACCACGGCGACAAGCUGACCUCACGUUACUGAAGGAGGAGUUCUCCGUACCAAACAGAUCGUACAUUGAACACCUGACGACAUACAUUCCACCGAGACUACCCAUUGACAAACCAGAGUUACGAGAGAUUAGUCAAGAUACAGCAUCGUUGUCAUGGAAACCAGCAAAGGUUCCAGAUAAGAUCCGAAGCAGUUCUAACUUGACAUAUGUCAUCGAAUGUCGCACUCCACCGAACUAUGAGUGGCGGGAGCUGAAGUCCGGGCUCACGUCUACAUCCUUUACGCUAAACAACCUUCACCCUCGCAUGGAUUACAUGUUCCGAGUCAGAGCUCACAACCAGUACGGCUUCAGUGAGGCUAGUCUUCCCAUCUCACUCUUCAGGCCAAUUGAACUUGAUGAGAAUGAUGUUGAAUAUGAUGAUGACUUAGAUGAUGAGUACAGGAAUACCUACAACGACACAGUCCCACGUUCUAGAAUACAAAGACGAACAGACGAAGCUCCGAUGAAAAUCGAUGAAGCUCCGCCUAAGUUGCCAAUGGAGACACCAAAGAUAACGGAUCAUGGAGAAUCGGCCAUGCUUAGUUGGCUUCCAGCAAGAAUUCCAGCAUACGCAAAGAAAACUCAGAUCACAUAUAUUGUGGAAGUGAAGGAACCGCCUGUCCAGGGAUGGGCAAGAACCGCAAGUGGGAUCGUGGAGACUAGCUUCCUGGUAGACGGAAUCCUACCCAAUCGUGAUUAUCAGUUCCGUAUCAGGGCGGAGACUCAGUUUGGUACCAGCGAUCCCACGCUGUCUGCGGUGCUGGACAGGACCAAAGCUCAGAUCCAGGACUCUAUAGAAACUGACGACGAUUUGGAGGAUUACAAACCCCGGAAAAAGCCUUUAGCUAAAAGUCAUCGAACUUCCGAUCCAAUGUCUCCAUUGUCUCCUGUUAAUGAUUUCAGACCGAGGCAAAGAUUGUCCAAAUAUGCAUCACGUCUGGAGAGUUCACGGUUAGAUAACUUAUCUGACGAUGAUGAAGUGUAUGCUCCAAAGACGAGGCAGGCAACGUCUAAAUAUUUGUCAUCAUCACGCUCACAUGCCCGACAGUCUUUACAGUCGACAACAUCUAUUGAUGAAGAUCUGUAUGAUAGGCCAAAGACGAGACCAUCGAAACCGGCAAUGCGUCAAGAAAAUUUGUUAUCAGAUGAAGAAGAUGAAAUAACAUCAAAAUCUAGAUUUUCUAAAUAUUCUUCCCGCAAUAAAACAUCAACACUGUCAAAAGAUUACUCUUUAGAUGAGGAAGAUUAUUCUGUGAGUUCAAAGUAUUCUAAAUAUUCUUCCCGUGCUAAGAAACCCUCAUUAAGAGCCAAUUUAUCAUCGGAGGAAGAGGACUAUGUACCAAGGUCAAGGCCAUCUAAAUAUGCACAGCCAAAGAAAUAUUCAUAUGAGGAUGACUUUUCAGAUGAAGAGGACUAUCAACCAAAACCAAGGUCAAAACACAUGCCAAAAAAGAAGUACACCUUGGAUGAGGAUUUCUCCGAUGAGGAGUAUGUACCUUUCAGGCCGAGAUAUUCAUCUCGUAGCCAACGGGACAAUACCGACCUCUACGAUGAUGAACCUUAUAGUAGUAGGCGCAAGUCUCAUAAGUACAGUUCCUCUCUGCUUGAUGAGGAUUCCUACGAAUCCGCCAUAUCGUCUAAAUUCCGAUCACGGCGACACACGACAGAUCUGUCUCCGUUGUCAAUGGAAGCGGCAGAACUGCGUUCACGUCGACGCCACAAUGAUAUGCCGUUAUCUGCUGAUUCAAGGUCACAUGAUUUCUGGACAAGGACGAGUCCUCCACGGUCACUCGAUCUACCAUUCACCAGGGAAUUCCUGGAGAUGCUGAAAGGCUCGAUGGACAAAAAGGAUAAAAAACCUUCAUCGUACUCUCAAGAUACAUCUUCUUCCUACAAACCUGCAGAAACAUCGUCACCGUGCUCCUACAAACCUGCAGAUACAUCGUCACCGUGGCUACAGGAAUCCACACCUGUUCUCUCCAAGGAAAAAUCUAGGAGGUCAAGUCGCGACAAGCGCCGUAAUGAUCCAGAUGACCUUCCUCAGGCCAUAUAUCUCGACUCCGUACUAACAGGAGUACCACCGAGAAUGCCGUCCUCUCGUCCAAUGAUCACAAACCAAGCUGGUAACCUUUUGACCUUGUCCUGGUUACCCGGGCGUGUGCCGUCGUAUGUGAAGGGUUCCAAGAUGACUUACCUGGUGGAAAUGAGAAAGCCACCGAGCCACCUGUGGCUGAAAUUGAUUGACAAUGUAGAGGAGAAUGAGUUUGAUGUGUACGACCUUCAAGAAGAUCAGGAUUACAUGUUCAGGGUCAAGGCCAAGAACGAAUUUGGCUGCAGUGAGCCGACUCUGCCGUUGUCUAUCAACAGGGAAAAGGAUGACUACAUUGGAACAGCUGUUUUGAGUAGAUCUGGGUCACGUGGAAGCUUGGACAGUCCCUGGACAAGGUCUAGAGCUUCGUCAGUCGACAGUCUGAUAGAAUCAAUGCCCACCAAAGCUUGCAAACCUGAAUUCAAAGUACGAGAGGAUACAUUCUAUGGAGCAGAGUCUAGACCAGUGACGAUAUCCCUUCAGGUUAAGGGCUUUCCUCUACCUAAAAUAAAGUGGUACUUCCAAGGGAAGAAACUCAAGCUAGGAAAUCGGUACAAGUCAUUUAUCUCCCCUAAUGGCAACGCCACAUUGGAGUUCACACGAAUGAGCGAGAAGGAUGUCGGGGAGUAUAAAUGUCGUGCAGAGAAUGACCAAGGCAUGAGCGUCAGAAUAUUCAACUUGGAAAUGUCGGAUGCGCCGACCUUCCUGGAACCACUCCGGAACGUAGUGGUUGAUCAUCGGGGAUGUUGCAAGUUGGAAUGCCGCGUUGAUGGAAUUCCGUUGCCAACAGUCAAGUUCAUGAGGGACUGGCGUCCAAUGACUGAAUCUUCGCGGGUCAAGAUCGUCCACGAAGCCCCGGACUACUGGUGUCUUACUCUGGAAAAUGCUAUGAGUAGCGACUGUGGUCAAUAUCAAUGUGUUGCUGAAAACGCGUCCGGUAAAGCGGUCAGCUCGGCCAAAAUCACAGUGGAAGAGGUGUCUGCUGAAGAACGAGUGCCACAUUCCCCAGGUCUACAUUACCGUGAGGCACCCGUCGAAGACUUCUAUUACAUACUGGAGGAACUGGGCAGGGGACGUCAUGGAGUUGUGCGGAGGGUGCUUGAUAAGUCAUCAGGUAAACAGUACGCAGCCAAGUUUAUUCCUGUUGCUGAUCCCAAGAUGAAGCACUUCUUCAGACAGGAGCUGUAUAACCUCCAAGCUGCCUCUCACAAAAACGUAGUGGGCGUGGUUGAUGCCUUCCAAUCAAACAGGAGCUUAGUGAUCAUCACAGAACUUGCUAGCGGAGGGGAUCUGCUUGACCGGGUCAUUUCUCUAGACAACUGGACAGAGAGUGAUGCGGCCUUCUACAUCCGACAGCUGCUAGAGGUCAUCAAACAUCUUCAUCACCACAACGUCUACCAUCUAGACAUCAAGCCUACCAACAUCCUGCUGAGUGCUGCCGACUCUGACGAGAUCAAACUGAUCGACUUUGGGCUAUCUCGACGUGUUCUACCUAAUCAGUCGGUUCGCUGUAACUAUGGUACCCCAGAAUUCACCUCCCCAGAACAAGUCUGCAAUGACGUUUUGUCCUCGGCCGCAGACCUCUGGAGUGUGGGUGCCCUGGCUUACCUUCUUGUGUCUGGAAUAUCUGCCUUCCAAGAUCGCACAGACAAGGAUAUUCUGUCAUGGGUAGAGACCUGUGACUGGGAGUUUGAUGAUGAGGGAUUUGAACUGGUAUCCAAGGAGGCCAAGGACUUUAUCAGCAAACUGCUCCUUCUUGAGCCAAGUGAGCGUCUAACACUGGAAGAGUGUAUGGAGCAUGCUUGGGUCAAGAAUGCAACAAACCGCGGUCAAGGACCAAGACUGAACAUGGAGCACCUCGCUACAUUCCAGAAACAGAACAAGAAGGAGAGGCUAUUGGGUGCCAUACAGACAUGUGCUCGUGUUCAGAGCCUAAAGGCCGUUAUUAACGAUGACCUUGAAGAAGAGGAUACAGGUCUGUACCCUCUCAAGGACAAGAACUCGGGAGAAAUGAUCUACCCAGACUCGCAGCACUAUGGCAAAUUCCUUGACCAAGAGUCGUGGGCGGAUUGGCAAGUCCGCUACCACCAGGGCUGUGAUACCUUACUGGUCCCCCUCGCUGAGCCAGAUUACACGGCUCGUGUCCGCGAGUACAAGGAGGCUGCUGGCGAGAGUGACGUUUCGGAGGAAAGUUCGUCAGAAGGGACGAUGAAGGAGCGCCGCUCAGUGAAGGACGUGGAGAAGGAGUACGUGUCCAGCAAUAACCCCUGUCUACAGAAGGAACUGGAGUGGGCCCUUGUGGCCGAGGAGUUCAAACAACAACAAACACCGGAGGAACUUUUCCACAAGGAGCAGAUUGACCCUGCAAAGUUGCCAUUGUUCAUCACGAAACUCCGAGACCAUGCCUUCAUGCCAGGUGAGACUGUGACCUUGACCUGUCGAGUCCAGAGUGAGGGAACGCCCUCUGUCAACUGGUUCCGCAAUGAGGAGCAGGUCUCUGAGGGUAACCGUCUUCGCACCUCCCUGUCAGAGGAUGGCACUGCAACUUUGACCAUUGAACUGUCCAAGUCAUUUGAUGAAGGCGUGUACAAGUGUGUGGCAAGGAAUCAAGCCGGGAAAUCUACCAACUGGGCAAGAGUCGUAGUAGGAGGAGUGACAGAGGAGCCUGGUCGACCUGUUGUGGUCCAGGUUUCCAGCACGGAGGCCUUGCUGGUUUGGGAGCCUCCCAUGGCUGACUGUAACACUCCUGUCACUGGGUAUAGGGUGGACUACAGGAAGUUUGGAGAGGAGACAUGGACUGUUGCUGCCAAUGUGAUUGAUGAGUGUUGCCUAGUAACUGGCCUGCUUCAGGGGCGGAGCUAUAGGUUCCGUGUGGCUUGUGUGAACAAGUUCGGCAUCAGUCCCUACAGUGUUGCCUCAACCGAGGUCAAGACGAGAUCUGACCCAGAUUCAAAGGUCACUGUUGACAAGUAUAUGUCGGCUCUUCUGGCCAGACAAAGGGAAGUGGAGACACGCCCCUCCCCGACCCCCAGUAGAAAGGGGUCAGAGGUCAGCCCCUCCGGACUUGAACUGAUCGAGGGAUCCCCUGAGGAUACCUACAGCUUCCUGAACACUCUAUACAGUGGUGGUUUCUCUGACUUAAUGUGCUGCAGAAAAUCUGAUAGUAAUGUCCUUUACCUUGGGAAGAUUGUUCCCAUUCAGUCCGACAAAAUGGAGGCCACAAAACAUGAAUACGAAAUUUUAAAGACUCUCUGCCAUGAACGAGUUGUCUCCCUGUACGGAUGCUAUCUGUACCAGGACAGUCUCUAUCUGAUUCUGGAGUUCCUGUAUGGUCUUAACAUCAUCCAACAUCUGUCAUUCAAAACAAAAUACUCGGAAGAUAUGGUUGCUAGAGUGAUGCGUCAAGUCCUUGACGGCGUCGAGUACUUACAACAUCAGGGCGUCGUCCAUCUUAAUCUCCAACCCAGCAGCAUCGUCAUGGUCAGUCGCAAACACUUGGACAUCAAACUUGUCGACUUCAGUCUGGCCAGAACUGUCAACAAGGAUGGAGAGUUGGUAGCCAUCGAGGGUUUCCCAGAAUUUGUUGCCCCAGAAGUUGUUGCCAAGGAAAAGACCUCAUUCCCAGCAGACAUCUGGACAGUCGGCACUUUGGCCUUCCUUCUAUUGAGUGGCGAGUCUCCGUUUGCGGCACCCACACAGAAGGAUGUUUACUCCAAUAUCGUGUACAAUCGUUACGAUGCUCAUGGAUUGUACGAGAAAGCCACAAGGGAGGCCCUCAAGUUUGUCUUCCAAAUCCUCAAAAGGACACCAAGAAAUCGUCUAACAGCUACCAGAUGCUUGGAGGAUAAAUGGCUUCAGGUCACUGAUGUCAUGACAAAGUGUCGUAAGGAAGUCGUCUUUUCGACCUCUAAAUUAUGCACCUUCUCCAGAAGAUACCUCGCAAACCGUGUCUUGGAUAUGUAUCCAAUGGUUCAUGAGGAAACACCAUCACCCGUAUCAGAGGAGCCAGAAUUUGAGGAGGAGGAGGAAGUUGAGGAAUUGACGAGCAGUAUCGUCUUAGAUGAAAAGGAAGAGACUCAACUUGAAGACACGAAGGAAACAAAGUCUGAGGAUCAACCAAUGGACAAAGAGGUUACAACUGGUGAUGCAGAUGAACAAACAGAAAAGGAUGUUGUUCCUGAAUGUGAGGAGUCGGUGGAAACUGAAGGAACAUUAUCAGUACCAGAAGACUCGCAGGACACGGAAGGAAAGAAAACAGAAGGGAUUGAACAGUUAGCCACUGAAAUUGUUGCCUCUGCCAUGGACGCAGCUUUUCAGGCCCCUGAACCUGAUUCCGGGGACGCUUGAACAUCUUCUUGUGGUUUAAAGUGUGAUCCUAAUGAACAGUCAUAUUGAAUGAGAUGCUUACAACACAUUUUUGGCCUUCCUGUCAAUAACAUGAAAUAGCUGGACAGAAGAAGUUCUCGCAGUGUUAAAACUAUAUUUGCUUAAUAUAUUUGUGAGUAUUAAUUGUUAUAACACUACGUUGACGUGAUGCUACUCGUUGGAUGUAGAACAAAGAACAGUGAGAGAAGCUUUGCACUAUGUCAUUGACGUCUGAUGGUGCUGAAAACAGAAAUUGGUGUUCCACUUUCGUGAUUUUUUUUUCAUUUUUCUUUCUUCUAACGGAAGUGUUUUGAAGAUUUCAUUUUGCUUUCUGUUUGAUAUGAUACAUGUUAAUCUGUUGAGUUUUGCUGUAUUUGGUUGAUUGACUGUUGAUGUGCUGUAUAUUAUUGAAUUAAGGUAAUUUGAUCGUGUUACUGUUGUCCUUGCCUUUAUUAUCACAAAUAAGCACAGCUUUGACCUUAUAUAUCCUUUCAUUUUUGCUUCAAAUUGAUAACUUGUACUAUUCUAAUAACUUUCCUUAUUAAUAUUACAUAGUUUUAAAGAUCAUUAUUGCCCACUGACAAUGUUGAUACUUUUGAUGAUUUCAGUUAGUAAUGUCUUAUGAAAUUUAGUGAUAUUUUAAAUAUUAUGCAAUAAUUGUAUUUAUUAUAGAAUAUUUAAUAUUUAUUACUACAAGAAUAUGAAAACAAAAAUAUAUAACCAAGUAAUUUAUACAAUGUUUAUAUUUAAAUUUAGUAUUUCAGAUACACGAAUAAAUCUCAUUUAUUAUUGACAUUAUUAUAUACUCGAGAAGUCUUUCAUCAUACUUUUGUAGUUUAAACAUCUAAAUGUCUAUGUUAAGAUAGUUUUAAUUUGUGAUGCAAUGUUUGAAGUCCACAAAUACCUGGUGACCACCAACAUAUGAUAUAUGACUGACAAUACUUCACUGUUUACAAGUAUAAUAAGCCCUGAAUUGUGAUCAAAUUGUAUUACCAGUAAUAUUUUAUUGUUUAUAAACAUAAAUUAAUCACACAUGUUUAGAAUAAUAUUAACCUCAUUGUUUUAUACUAAGUGCCAAUAUUAAAAGAACAUAUGAACUUUUAAAAUUUCUUUAAUUAUAAUUUAAUACAUUAUUAAAUAUACAUUUGGUAUAUGAAUAUUUAGGUUUGUUAAAAAUUGAAGUGUUGACAAUUUUUAAAAUUUUCAGAAUUCUGAGUCGUUGGCAUAAAUUAAAUAUGCUUACAAAUAACAUUUUUGAGAGUUUGAUAAAAAAAUGUAUAUGCACAUAUACAAUGUUAUUAAUAUUUCAACUCUAUAUGUUGUAUUCUUGCAAUAAACAAAAUUAUCAUAUAUGAAAUCUAAUGUUAUUACUAAUAGAGUUGGAAAAACAUAAGAUUAUAAACACACAUUCAAAUAAAUUUUUGACAAUAUGUAAAAUUUUAAUAUAAUUUUAAAAAUAUGAGAUAAAAAUUUAAAUUAGGUUUCAGGAGUGAACUUAGUAUGUCGAGUUUACCUAGUGUGUAAUGUAAUGGGUACUUUUCCACAGUCCUCUGUUGUCUUGUAUGUACAGUGUACGCGUUUCUCAAUUUAUAUGUGUGCUGUUUUCUUUUUCAGAAAUAAAGAUUAGUUUGACGAAA